AUGAAGAAGUUAGUUAGCGUUAUCCUAUUGAUUACGGUUGGACUUGUAAUCUUAAUCGAUGCUGCUCCACCACGAUUACCGGUGAAAGCCGAUAAAGUUAAAGAAGUGCCUAAAGAAGAUGUCACCAAUAUCGAGAAAACCAAGAUAGAUGUUGGCGUUGAUAAAUCCGUACAACUCGAUUCAAAGAUGGCUCAUGAUCAACAAAACAUGGAUCAACACAAGACUGAUCAACGAAACAUGGAUCAACACAAGACUGAUCAACAGAAUACUGAUCAUCAAGAGCCAGAAGAAAAUUAUGACGAUACCUUCCAAUUUCUAAGAGAUCAACCGGAUUUAAUCAACAAGUUCAAAGGUUUAGAUGAUGAUGUUAUUGGUCGAGAUUUAGCUAAUCCUGCUUUCCGCGAUCUCGAUGAGAAAAUGCUGGAUAGAUUCGAUGACCAAGAAUAUGAUCAAGUCCGUCAUCAACGUGAUUUAGAACACCAAAUUCAGGAAGCUAACGAACGCGAAGAACAUCCAGAAUCAUUUCGCCUGCAUCAUAGUGAUGAUAAUAGGUACACUAUGGAAGAACUGAACGAAAAACUACAGGAGGCAAACAAAAAAUUACGUGAAACUGAUGAUGUAAGACACAAGGCAUUCCUUCGAUAUGAAUUAGAAAAGGAGUUAUUAAGAAAGAAAGAACUAGAGAAAAUGAAUCCGGACCAAAAGAAAGUUGCCGAAGACAAUUAUGCAAAGCAUUUGCGGGAUAUGCAAGAUCAUCCUAAAUUGCAUCAUCCGGGUAGCAAAGAACAACUACAGGAAGUGUGGGAAAAAGAAGAUGGCUUCCAAAAUCAAGAAUUCAACCCUGAUGCAUUUUUUAGACUUCAUGAUACGAACGGUGACGGACAUUUAGAUAACGUCGAAUUAGAAGCCGUUCUCCGAAAAGAGGUUUCCAAAUUAGUUGGUAAUCAUAAAGAUGCAUAUGAUGAAAGAGAAUUAAAAGAAGAAUUACAACGUAUGAGGCAACAUGUAUCUACUGAGAUCGAUGUAAACAAAGACGGCUUAGUCUCGUUGGACGAAUUUAUCAAAUCUACUAAGAAAGCGGAAUUUAAAAAAGAUGAAGGUUGGGAAACAUUUAACGAAGACAAGGAUUUUGAAAGAAUGACCCCGGAGGAGUUAGAGCGAUAUGAAAGAAAAGUUAGAGAUGCUGCCCGUAACCAAUUCGACAAAAUAAAAAUCCGUACCGGUGAAGAAACGGAUCCUCGCCGAUAAUUUUAAAUCAACAUUUACUAAGUUUCAUCAUUGCACGCUAAAAAUUUUUUACAUACUACCAAGCUAUGACAGAAUAUUGUCCCUCACAUACAAAAUAUCCUAAAAUAACAUUAUGAUAUUUUGCUAAAUUGCGUUCUGCUUUUUGCAAAUACUGUAAUAAGCUACGGUGUGUUAUUAUGCCAUGCCCGUGCAAUGUAAAAGGUAUUAUUUACGAGAAGCGCAUCUAAUUUUUAUCUCACUGUGUACUAAGGAUUACACCUGACGUUGGUUUAUAAUUAUAUAUCUGUAAUUUUGAAGCGUUCAUAAUUUGAACAUUGUAUCAUUUUACUACAUCCUUUUAACUGUAUUCUCUUUGGCCAUCCUUAGAAAUUAAGUAAUAAUCGUGAGCUAAGUGAUUAGUGUUACUGUAGGAUACUCGUUCGCGUAUUCGAAAUAAAGGCCAGAU